UGAACUGUAAUGAACAUGGUGCAUUUCUCUCAUUUUACCUAAUUUGUGUUUCCAGCUUUGAACAAAGCCUGCUCUUAUUCACUCACGCAAAGCCACUUUGCAUAUGAGAUUCAUUCCCUGUUUCUCUACAAGACAAUGUUCAUCUCUCCAGAUCUCAUAUCAGUGCAGGACUCUGGUUUGUGUACUUCGCUCUCUAUAGAGAAAUCAUGAUCAUGACCUUAAUUGGGCACGUUCUUUUUUUUGUUGGACUUGCGCUUGUUGGUGUUUCUGGAAACUUAUUUAACCUCGUUUUCACUAUACAACAGCAAGUGAAGACCAGGACCAUUCAGACUGUGGGUUUGAUCCUAAACGUCAUCUCCAUCAGCAACAUUAUCUUGGUACUUGCCACCUUCUCAUUGGUGAUGGGUGUUUUUCAGGAUCCCCAAAUUUGGUGCAUCACACCAUAUCCUUUGUCAAUCCGGAUUGAAACGUAUCUAAUGAUGACUUGCAGCUUCAACAGCUUCUGGGCCAUUGCAUGGCUGAGUCUCUUCUACUGCAUCAAAGUCGUGAGUUUUUCCUCUGAGUGCUUCCAGACACUGAAGAGGAAAAUCUCUUCUGUGAUCAACGCUGCAGUGCUGCUGAGCUGUUCUUUCUCCUUCUUGUUUUUCAUUCCUCUGUUCUCACUUGACAUUGCAAAAUCAUUGGAUCAAAAUGACAGUGUGAAUGACAUCGCUAACAUGACCUGUCCGCAGCCCUCUUUCACUAUAGAUAUUAACGAAAAUGCAUACGCAGCGGCUAUCAUUUGUCUCCUCUGCCCGAUCCCUCUGAUGAUCAUGCUGCCGACCUCUGUCCGAAUGGUCGUCCAUCUGUGCGCCCACACACUGGCACUCCAGAAGAACAAGACCCAGGUGCAAGGAUCUGACUCGUACCUCCUGGUGUGCAAAAUCACCAUCUCCCUGGUGGGAGUUUAUCUGUCCACUCUAUUUAUUGUGUCUUUGUUCAUCAUUAUAAGGUUAAUCGGGGAAUUUAUCACCUACCACACUCUAGCCAGUGCCUUUAGUUUUUACAGUGGCAUGACUUCUUUACUUUUGACAGCUUCAAACAGGCAUCUAAAAGACAAGCUCUGGAGUCUGUUCUGUUGUAGGAAGGCACAGGAACAAUCUAGCAAAAGCCAGACAGUUGAGACAGGGGAUGUUUGAUAUGAUAAGG